ACUGGCUAGUGCAGGCAGCAGGCGCCGCCUCCGCCUCCCCUGUUCUGUUUACUUGUUGCCUCAGGAGACGCCCGCCCGUGUCCCUGGCUCCGUGCGCUGCAGCACUCUGACUUCUUGGGUCCUAGCAGCAUCUUGGGGGUUCCAGCCAACAUGAGCCACAGCAGCUCUUCGGGCUCUGGGAGCCUGGAGCGCCCCAGCAACGCCUCACCGCCCGAGGAAACUGCCAAUCAUCCCAUGGAAUUCCCAGGCACCUGGGAACAACUGAACCAUUACCGGAAUGUGGCUGAAAACGUACAAAGUGAACUUGCAGCGACUUUGGUCAAAUUUGAAUGUGCUCAGUCUGAGCUCCGAGACCUCCGCUCCAAGCUUCUCUCUAAAGAAGUUUGCUGCCAAGAGCUGAAGGCUGAAGUGGAGAGCUACAAAGAAAACAGUGCCAGAAAGUCAUCUCUCCUUAUCUCUCUGAGGAGUAGAAUUCAGGAGCUCCAAGAGGAAUCCGCAGCGCUUUCGGCUUCUAAAAUCAGGACAGAGACCUCUGCUCACACCACGAUGAAGGAGAACCAGGAAUUAAUGAAGAAGGUCCUGGAGCUGGAUGAGAAAUUGCAAAACUGCUUGAAGGAAAAUGAGGAGUCUAAGAAACAAGGCUUAGAGAAUCUCCGGAGACAUGAGGAAUUUCGGACUGAGCUUUGUGACUGCUUGAGUCUAGACAAGAAACAUGAGGAAGCAUCCAAUGAAGAUUUAAUUUUAAAGCUUCGAGAGCUGUGCAAGGAAAACACACUCCUGAAAGGACAAAUUGUGACUCUUGAAGAGACUAUAAAUGUCCAUGAGAUGGAGGCAAAAGCUAACAGAGAAACAAUCUCGAGGCUGGCAGCGGAAGUCAGCAGGGAGCAGACAAGAGCUGCUUCCUGGGCUAUGGAGAAAGACAAGCUGAACCAGGACUUGCUCAGUGCAGUGGAUGCAAGAACAGCUCUGGAAAGGGAAGCCAAGCUCUUUCAAGAAAGGCUGCUUGUUGCACAGCGAGCCUGGGAUGCUUCAAAGCAAGAGCUGAACCAACUGAGGAAAAACUGCCAGCAUCUGGACCUGAGCUUGAAGGCCAGCAGGGAUGCAGCAGCAACCUCACAAAGCCAGAACUCCUCCUUCAGGGAGAAACUCACCGUGCUCCUUUGCAAUGGAUUGGAUAUGGCUGUGCCCACAGAGGAUGCCAUAUUGGAGAGGAUUCGAGAGCUAGGCAUCCAGGAAGAGAGCAAGACCAGGAUGGUCUCCCAGCUUGAAGCCCAGAUAUCAGAGCUUGUUGAACAGUUGGGAAAUGAAGCUGAGCUCCACCGGAAAGACCUACAGAGGGCCCAAGAGGCAGAAAGCAAGUUGGAGGCUCUUCAGGGUCAGCUGAGUCACCUGGAGGGAGAACUGCUUUCUGGAGACGUCUUGAGAGACAACUUGAAUCUCGAAAAACAAAAAUAUCUGCAGUUUCUGGAUCAGCUUUCAGAGAAAAUGAAAUUGGGCGAGAUUGCUGAUGACCUUGGCUUUGACAUGCGUCUGGAUGUAGUUUUAGCUCGCACAGAGCAGCUAGUCCGCCUUGAAAGCAAUGCUGUCAUUGAAAACAAGACCAUCGCUCACAACUUACAGAGAAAGCUCAAGACUCAGAAAGAAAGACUGGAGAGCAAAGAAGUGCAUAUGAAUCUCCUUCGACAGAAAAUUGCCCAGCUGCAGCAGGAGACGCAGGCACGCACAGCCCUGGCUGUGGAGAGGGAUGAGGCCCAUCUCACCGUCAGGAAGCUGGAGAAGAAGGUGGAGAGGAUGCAGAAGGAGCUGAGCGCCUGUCGGGAAUACAACACAGAGCUCAAAGCCCAAUUGGCAGACACCAAUGAACUCAAGAUUAAAACUUUGGAGCAGACCAAAGUCAUUGAAGACUUAAGUAAAUCCCGAGACAACCUGGAGAAACUGAAGGAGAAAGCAGAGAAAAAGCUCAUGUUGCUCAAGUCCAAGCUGGAUACUGCAGAGGAAGAGGCUAAAGCAGACAAGGGAAGGAUGACGGCCAUAAUGGAGUUGGUCACCAGUGAACUGGAGACCCUGAAGAAGUCUCUGGAAGAAGCUGAGAGGCGAGAACAGCAGCUGGUGGAAUUCAGGGAGGUGGUUUCCCAGACACUGGGCUUAAACUUGACCUCUCUCGCAGUUCCUGAUUAUGAGAUCAUCAAAUGUCUGGAAAGAGUGGUCCAUUCACACCACCAUCAUCUUGUUACCUGUGCCUGCCUCAAAGACACGUCUGCCGAACAUGACAGUUGCCCGAAGUGCUGCUUAGAACUUCUACAUUGAUCACUUGCUUCCUGGACGGGGCACAAUUCUCAAGUUGUGCAGCUCAAAAAUUUUCUCAUAGUUUUGAAAUUUGGUCAGCUUGUGACAGUUAUCUACCUUGAUGACAUAAUGAUAACAUACCGUGGGAAAAGGGGUCUCCAAAAGUGUCAUUGCUAGGGCCAAAGAGAUGGCUCAGCAGGUGAAGGUACUGGCUACCAAGCCUGACAACCUGAGUUUAGUCCCACGUGGUAGGAGGAGAUAAUUGACUCCUGCAAGUUUUCCUCUGCCCCAUACACAAUCUGUUAUACAAGUUUACACACACACACACACACACACACACACACACACACACACACAGCUUACACACUCACACAAAAUAUAUAAAUGUUAAAAGUGCCAGUCCUAGGUCAAUAUUCAGCCUUAAAACCACCUAUUACUUCAUUAGCUAGUGCACUGAGACCCAUAGGAAUACCCAAGGUUCAUGCCUAGAUUGGGCUGUAUGAGCUCAGAGUUUAGAACUACAGACCUUCUGACCUGGAACAUUCCUGAUGGCUUCACAUCUUAAGAUAAUCCUGUGCAGGUCUUCCAAAAAUAUUACUCAAAAUUAUUUUUCUUAUCGGUGUGUGUGUGUGUGUGUGUGUGUGUGUACAGAUGCCAGCAGAGACCAUAAGAGGGAGCCAGAUUCCUUGGUACUGGAUUACAUGCAGUUGUAAAGCAUUUGAUGUGGGUUCUAGGAAUUGAACUCAGGUCCUCUGUAAGAGUAGCAAGUGCCGUUAGCAACUGAGCCAUCUCUCCAGCCCCAUAUCUAUCUAUCCUAAAUACAUACAGUUUGACACAUAAUACUUGUAGCUGUUUAUAGAUUUCUGGAUGACACUCCAAUCCAUGCAUUCAAUGUGUGGUCAUGAGAUCAGGGUUAAACAUGAUGAAGUCUUACUGUCUUACUCGUUCUCCAGGCCCCGAGACAAUUGUGCUAACUAACUACAUGGUUAGUGUGGGAAACAGGAUGUACACAGCAGAGUCUAUGCCUCUUAUACUCUGCAUUUCAGGUUCUGCUCAGUUUUGAGCCUGAGAGGAAUUGUUGGCAUACAAGAAGGAAAGCAACCCUACAAUCAGGGGCAAAGUCUAAAAGUGGCAGACAGUGACUCAUUUGAGUAACCCUCACAUAGGUCUGAGGGCCGGUAAGGAGCACAAUUGUUUUUACUGCUGCUCCCAGGUUAUGAAUGGUGGUUUUGAAAAUUUGAACAGGGCUGACCUCAGUUUUUAUUUCCUUGUGGUAGAGUUUUUCACUGAACCUUGAGAUAGGCUGUCAGUAACCAAGCUCUGCCAUCUACCAUCCUUCUGUCUCUCCAGGAAGAGUUAUAAUGACACACCCAAUUACACCCAGACUUUGACAGAUCCAGCUGGGAUCUGAACUCAGGUCCUCAGGCUUGCACAGCACUCUUACCCACAGAGCCAUCUCCCCAGCUUCAUCUCGUAUCUUUAUAUGCCUCAUUAAAGUAAACAAACAAAAAUUUAAUGCCUCACAACAUUGAGAGAAAAUGAGAAAUCUACAGCUAAAUGUUAAGUCCGAGCCACAAGUAAGGCAUAAAUUGAUUCAUGACAACAAGGGAUUAUGGAGACCCAUCGACCAGUUGCAAUGCUGGGAAUGAGGCAAGACAUUGGUUCGAAUAGGGUAAAAAAGCAUAAACAUUCUCAAAACAACUGAAUAAACGGUUCAUCCCAUGUGUUUUAAAAGUUACAUGGAUUCUCUCAUGCAUAGGAUGCACACUUGUGAUCUCAGCCCCCAGAGGCUAAGUGGAGAAGAUUGACAUAUGUUUGAAUCUACGUUGGGCCUCAUAGUGAGUUUCAGGCCAGCCUGGACUACAGAGUGAAACCCUUUCUCAAACCAAGCUAACAAGAAAUCAACUGGCUGAAAAUCCAAUUGGGCAAUCCUCCUGCAACCCCAAACAAAACAAAUAGCCAUAUUAGGUUGGUUUUAAUUCAAGCAUUUACCUCCUCAUGCCAGACUUUGGUCUGUCUAAAGUGAUAAAUGUGUUAUGUUAUUUCCCCUUUGAUUGGUCAUUAGUUACAUGUAGGGGUCAUAUAAGAGACUUAAAAAUAACCCAUAUUGGUUAUAACUAUACUUUACCAUGUGAAAUUACAUUUUGUUUAUCCAAGUGUAUGGCACAAGAGUGUUAAUAACAAUUCUUGAUAUAUAUUAAUAAUUCAGUAUGUUUAAAUAUCUACCUUAGAGACACUAUGUGGUAAGGAUAUGUGAGAUAAGCAUAAAUAAAUUCUGUGCCUACAGAUAGCUCAUGUACACAGUAACUGUUUGUUAUUUGGACAAACUGAAUACGUGUCAGUUAAGCCAUUUCUGGUUGUUAAAAUGCUGGUUGUUUGCUUGCCUUCCCUUUGUUCAUGCAUUCCAGAGUUGGCAGGCUCACUUCACAUUUCUGUGCUGUCUUGUUUUUCUGUAAUAUCCAUGUAUAUUUUAUAUUGUCCAAUAAAAUACAUUAGAUUAAUGUGGUUUUUA